UCGUUUCAACAGGAAUUGGAAAAUGGAAAUUACUUUACCUUGAGUGCCAGACUUAGUUUUUAUUUAUUUACUUUUUAUGUUUUAUAACACUAUAAAGACUGCCAAAUUUGUUCCCCCUCAUUUUAAAUUGAACUUUUCGGCAGACGACGAGCAGGAGCGAGCAGUCGCUGAGCUCUAACGGAUGGGGAUACACCGCCAAGGAGGACUUAGGGGUGAGAAGAGUGUGUUUCUUCUCUUCUCUGGUGUGUUUUCGUUCUCUUCCGCCUGGCUUCCCUCAUGAGCUGUUAAUUCCAGCCCUGGUCCUGAGGAUGAGGAGGAUCUAUUUGUGAGGAAGACGCAACAAAGGAAGAGAGAACAAGGAGCAACAGGGUGGCAAAUUCUGCAAGCGGGAGUGAGCAAAAAGAUCUUUUUUUUUCUCCAGGCUCAAGCAAGGAGCCCUGACUCUAAGAAGCAGCCAUGUGAGAGAAGCUGUCAGCGAGCAGAGGAUGCCCACGUCCAGCUAAAGCAGCCCUUCCCCCUCUCUCCCCCCACCCUCCUGCUCCCUCCCUUCUUCCUACAUGAGGACAAGAAGAUGACUAUCUCCAGCCGGCAGUCCUUCAAUGUCCUGACGGUCAUCUUCCUCCUGCUGUCCACUGCAGCCCUCUCAGCUCAUUACCGAGUGUGUGAACCUUACUCUGACCAAAAGGGGCGGUACCACUUUGGCUUUCACUGCCCACGCCUCUCAGACAACAAGACCUAUAUGUUCUGCUGCCACCACAACAACACCGCCUUCAAGUACUGCUGCAACGAGACUGAGUUCCAGUUGGUCAUGCAGGUCAACCUCACCACCACCUCUGAUGGUUAUGCACACAAUAAUUAUACAGCCCUGGUCGGUGUGUGGAUCUACGGCUUCUUUGUGAUGGUGCUGCUGGCUCUGGACUUUCUCUACUACUCAGCUAUAAACUACGAGCUGUGCCGGAUCUACCUGGAGAAAUGGGGUCUGGGAGGACGCUGGCUGAAGAAGGCUCGGAGUCAGUGGCACAGGUCCAUGCCAGAGGAGAGCGAAGCCCAGGCUCAAGCCCAGCCCAUGGUCCCCACCCACUUCCAGCCCAGACAUAGCCUCAGAGGGGAGAGCCACAGCCCUACGCUCCUGCCCUACAACACAUCCACCGCAUGAACGAUGCUGUGAGUGGAUAAACAGAAGAGUAGCAACACCUGGUUUCCUUACAAGGUACAGAGGAGAUGUUCCCCAGUCACCCCUCUCUGGACCACGAACACAGCAUCACUGGUGGGCUAGCCAUACUGUAGUAGCUAGAAGUGACUACUGCCCCCUUUCUAAUGAGCACAAAAUACCCACGGACUAACAGAAUCAGGCGAAACAGCUGAAGAAAGCCUGGAAAGCCACACAGAAGAAUGUAUCGCUGCUUCUACAGAAGGGGAGAGAUGGAUGCAUUUAUCUGCUUAUAGGGUUUAACUGAUUCCCUAAAGUAUCUGCCAAGGCCUGGAGUACCCCAAACAAAUCCAAGAUGAACUGGAUAAACUGUACUCGCAAGUGAGAAAGCUUGCCUAUUUAAAGAAAAAAAAGAAGAAAAAAAAAGCUUAUUUCUAGAUAUAACAUGUUUAUUAAACUGCUGUGUCACUUUGUGUUCAGUAGCAGUUAGACACAGUUGUGGGUUAUCUAUUUGGUGAUUUAUUUAUGUGAACUAGUCAGAGAAACUAUAUGAGUGGCUAACAAUCUGAUUAUGUAAUGGCUUAGGUUGAUGCUGAGCAUCUCACUUAGAGUAGAAUGUUUUUGUUACCUACUGAAACCAGACAAAAUGCCUCUGCAGCCACGGUGAAAAACAAACAUCUUGUACAAAAUGUUUUUGGUCUCCUUUCUGCAAAACAAGGGAUUUCUUGAAACAGUGUCGGAAAAGGACGUAAGGCCAUAAAAAUAAACUGCCGAAGCUUCAAACAGGAGCGUUUUCCAUCUUCACACAAGCAUUAAUGAGGAUCAGGGAUCCCUUCACAACAGCCACAGUCUUUAUGCUAAUUUACACAUAUCCGUAUCCCUGGGCAAAGAGCCUACAGACCUGACUGAAACCCUUACUUAUCAAAUUACGAGUUUGUGACAGUUUUCUAUAACAUCACCCACUGACCUAUUUGACCUUCCUCGUUAUUAGGGCUGCCUGAGAUCAGCUUCCUUAGCAAUAUGAUGCAAAAUAAUAUCCAUUAGUUUCUUUAUACGAAGUGCUCCAAAUUUCACAUUGGUAACAGGCAACUGUAAGUAACUAGCCAUAACAGAAAAUGUUUCCAAAAGAAAUAUCAGUAAACCCCUUUCACUGUCAGCAAUAAUGUACAGAAGCAUAACCAGAGGAUCACAUGGUAUGUAAAAAUCAGAGUCAGCUAAUUGAGCAAUGGGUAAUCACUGAUGUGUAUCACAGAAUUUUUGGCUCUGGAUAAUGAACUCAUUUUUUUUGUCAGCUCUGUAAGAAAAAAGACAUUAAUGAUUAUCUCUUACUAAAAGAAACUCUUGCACACUUUUUACUUUAACUCUCAGUGUAUUUCAUAGCAAAAACUGUCAAUUAUCAUUUCAAACAGCCACCAGUAUGGUAUUUAUUUAUUUAAAUCUUUGUUUUAUUUAUCCCUCAGAUCUAAAACCAGUGAUUUGGCGAAUGUUAUGGGGGAAAUAAUUAUUUGAUCCCCUGCUGAAAUGAACAGUUUCUAAUUUUUUUUAUAGUAGUUUCAUUUUAACAGAAUCUCAACCAAAAAUCCAUAAAACAAAGACACAUUAAAUAAAAGUUAUACAUUGAUUUGCACCUCAUUGAGUGAAAUAAGUAUUUCAUUUGUGCAAAACAUGACUUAGUGCUUGGUAGCUAAAACCUUUAGCAGGUUUGCAAACAUCUCAGGAGGGAUUCUGGCCCACUCUUCUUUACAGAAACUAUAAAUCCUUUAAGUUUUCUUGGCUGCCAGUUGACAACUCUUAAGUUCGUCUCCCUCCACAGAUUUUCUACGAUUGAGAUCGGGAGAUUAGCUAGGCCACGACCUUAAGGGGCUUCUCCUUGUUGCCUUGGCAGUACGGUAUGUUUUGGGUUACUGGAAAACCCAUCCACAGCCUAUCUUCUGGCUCUUAAGUGGCCAGUGGACUGUUGUUGUCACAUCCAUUGACCUCAGUGUGGUGAAGUCAUCCCGCACCCUUAGUAGAAAGAUGGCUCCAAAGCACAAUGUUUCCACCUUUGUGCUUGACUGUGGGGAUGGUAAUGUUUGGGUCAUACUCAGCUUACAUACACAGGGGGUCGAAUUGAUGCCAAAGAGCUUGAUUUUGGCUUCAUCUGACCACAGCACUUUCUCCCAAGCCUUCUCUGAAUCAUUUAGAUGUUCACAAACUUAAGACGGACCUGUACAUGUGCCUUCUUGAGCAGGGUGACCUUGCGGGCACUGCGCGCUACCAGUAGUGUUCUUGGUGAUUGUGGUCCCAACUGCCUUCAGAUCAAUAACAAGCUCCUCCCAUGAAGUUUUGGGCUGAUUCACCACCUUUGACAUGAUUAUCCUCACUUCAUGAGACAAGAUCUUGCAUUGAGCUCGAGAUGAAGGGACAUGUCGUCACGUGCACAUCUACAAUAUCGUCCUUGACAUUCUUGGACAUCUCUUUGGUCUCACCCAUGGUCACGGAGAGGUUGGAAUGGAAGAAACUGCUUGUGUGGACUCGUGUGCUGGGCACACAGCCAAUCUGUGGGAUCAAACAUUUAUUUCACUCAAUGGCAUGCAAAUAUAUUUGUAACUUUUAUGUGUUUUUCUGGAUUUUAAACUCAGAAAAAAACUAAUUCAGCAAAGGAGAAACUAAUUAUUUCCCCCACUGUGUGUAGGAUUUUGGAUUGACAAAAAAGUGAAACAAUUAUUACACUGCUUAAGAGAUGGUUGCAACUAAAGAUUUGAUUUAAUUAUUGAUGAAUCUGCCUGUUGCUUUAUCAACAGAUGAAUGAAUCGCUUGGUUUGUGUUUCAGAGAAAAAAGUGGAAAAAAAUAAGUAAAUUUAGAAUUAAAUAUUUAACUAUCACAGGAAGAUGGAAACUGAAGGAAGGAAGAUGAAAACUGGGGAAUGUUGGUCAUUUUUACAAAAUUCAAAAAAUCAAUAAAUCAACUGGUUAUUAGAGUAGGAAAAGUUGACUGUUUUACCUCUUAUAGUCUAGGAAAAGUUGUUACCCAAAGCUGCUGAGAUCUACUUUCUUAGCUAUCCAUAAAUGCUGUCUUUUGUGUUUGGGGAAAAACACGCAAAGCAGCUGCCGGUGCCAGUUUUUAUAUGAGUGACAGUGUGUGACGACCAGGUGGACAGAAGGUAGGUACAGUGGGAGGGUUGGUGGGUGUAAGGGGGUGUGUGGGUAGGGGGUUGUCUGUUCCAGUCUUGCAUCUGGUAGUCUGGCAGCUGCUAAGCUUAUACAUGGAGCACUUUGCAUGUGCGCUGAAAGCUAACAGGACAUACUGUUAAUCAUUCAGAGUUGGCUGACUCAACACAAAUACACCGACAGAAACAGAAAAGCCAGCUAUUAGACUUGUCUGUUGCCUUCAUUUUUCCAUCUCUCUGUUUCACGAAGUUUAAGUGGAACCUAACAGAACUGUGGUCAAGUGCUGUAAGUGGGGCCUGCUAGCGUCAUCCUCAGUUAUCAGCAAUAAUAUUCAAAUUUGUAGAGUUGUUAGAGCAAGUUAAUCCCCCUUUCAAUAGCUAAAGUUUAAUUGUGUGUGUGUGUGUGCGUGCGUGCGUGUGUGUCCCAGCAGGCUUGUGCCAACGCUUUUAGGAGCAGAGAAGCAGGAUGAGUCCAAGUAAAAUAAUUGGCCUGGAGAUCAGCAGUGGUUCAAAAUUACACUCUCUUGCUGUCUCUCUCGAGCUGCCUUCCUAUUCCCAGAGUGUGAACAGCAGUAGCAAACAGGGCAGGAGAGAUUUUUAAUUAGUCCCCAAUGCUGGAUAAGUGGGGAAAAAAAUCAGAUACGUUCGAGAACAUUUCGCUUUCAGGGCUCUGUGCUGUGUUUUGACCUGUAAUAAGGAACAGGACAUUUGUUCUUAUCACCAAUAAUGUAAUACAGUAGUCGCACCCAGGGAAUUUUAAAAAGCUUCAUUUUGCCUCUGACAAGCAGUAGCAGGGUCACAAAUGGAUUCCCUCAAGAGACAUAUACGAGGAAUCUCUCCUCUCUUUUCUUUUUUAAUGUUUUGUGAUGUUUUCUGUUUUGUUGAAAACAGUCUUGACUCUGGCCUGAUGUGAUGUGGUACUGUAAAUCGUAUCAGCUCAACCCUCUUCCCAUGUCAAAAAAAUUAUAUAUAAAUAUAUAUAUAUAUGAAGUAAUAUUUACAGUAAAAAAAAAAAAAAGGAUGGGAAGAAGGAAGCACAUAGCUGUUUCAAUCUGUCCAGGUUGUCAUGGUAACAGUUGCCUUACAGUUGAAUACCCACCUGUACAAAAAAGCUUUGUAGUGGCUGAUACCUCACUUUUUGGGUGUGGUGGUGGUGGUGAUGACGAUAAUGUGCACCACGUUCUGUCUAUGUAUUUACUACUAGAUAGAACGAGCAGUACCGUUUUUAGUUCGAUUGUUAUUGCACUUGUUGACUUUGUAUUGUCACGACAGGGAGAAAUAAAGUUUUAUCUUUUC